AUGCCGCCUGACAAUAUUUCAAACGAUCUAUCAAACUCUCAGCUAUACGAUUUGUUAAUAAAAGCCAUUAAGGAUCAAACAGACGUACUUAAAUCAGAGAUUAAUAUAAAUAUACAGGAUUUGUCUAAUAAAGUCGAAACUGUCGAUACGAAAAACACUGCAAAACUGAAAAAUUUGGGUGUAGAUAUUACAAAUGAUAUGCCUUAUGAAGAUAGGCAAGUCCAACGAGUAUUGAAAGUUUCUUUUCGAAAUACUAAAAGACAAAAUCAUCAAGCUAGAAUUAGAGGAAAUAAAUUAGAAAUUGAUGGAAAGUUUUUUACUCUUGGUGAUUUAAGAAAUUUGGAGGAAUUGGUAUCUGAAGAUAAUUCAUCUGGAGGAAGCAGAAAACGAACAGCCCUCACAACAAAAAGAACAGAAGGCAACACUAAAAUAUAA